CAUUUUGGCCGUGAGCAUUCGAGGGAUCGAUCGGUUUUUCUCCGAUCAUUGUCGAGAGCGUUGGGUCAUUUGUGAUUUUUCAAUCGAGUUUAAUCUUAAAUUUUUUUAUUUUAUGAAUUUCUAUCCGAUUUACUAAAACAUUUUUGAAUAAUAAUUAUUUACUUAUCUGGCGGACUUUUUCAGCAGAUAGUUAUUUAUAACUAUUACAGAAAACUGCAGCAAUCAUCAAUAUGCUGAAACUAUUCUUCGUAAUCGCUACUUUUAUGACGUUGGCUCAAUCCCAGAUUGCGGUCGAAUGGAUCUGCAAAGAUACCAAUUCAAUGGGAAAUUGCACUACCAUACCUAAGCUUACAGACUUGCUCCAAAUUAUCUCUGAUAAUAGCGAUAAUUACGAAUUUACAGACUCACACUAUUGCCCAUUCAGCAUCGUUGAACGGUACGCCAAGUGUAUGAAGUCGUACGUGGAUAGCUGUAAGCCGUAUAUGGUCGACGAGGUACAAAAUAUUUUCCUCAAUUAUAUGCCAAAGAUUGAGGAUGCCGAAACUCUGUGCACCAAAGGCCGUGCUUACAAAAAGGAAUUCAGAGAACACUCAACAUGUACGAAAGCAUUCUUAACAGCCGACGACGACUGGGAGCAAUAUCUUCAAAUUAUAAUUUGGAAAUACGGACAGUCAAUAGAUGACAUGGACGCCAUUCAGCGAUGCAAAAUGGUCAGCAUUUUUUGGCAAGUGACGUCCACGAACAUUCGUAAAAAAUGUGGAGCGAAAACCGAAAAGUUUUCCCGCCAAUUACUCAGCAACAUGUGGCCCUUAACGUUGUAUACGAAACUAUGCAGUCAAGUGGCAGCUGCUGGACCAUGAGGCGAUGUACGCAGUCCAAAUCAAUUAUUUCGAAGUAUCUAUGAUGGAUGCAAGCCACAGCUUUUCAAGUUUAUAUAAUCACAUUAUCACUUAUCAAUUUUCAAAUUAUUAACUCGAAUUUAAUUGUACUUUUUUUUUCAACUUACUUUUUUUCCAUUUUAAUAAAAUUACAUAAUGCGUUUGAAAAUAUACUGACUAAGAUACAUUA